UUUUUUUUUCUUGUGAAAUUGAUCUGAACCUCAAAAUCAAAUCAUAAUUUUGCCAUAUUUAAAGCUGGCACCUACCAUGCACCAAUCUUUUAGGAUUUGCAAAAUCCUAAACACACCAUCCUUUCCUUGGUCUAGGUUGUCCUCAAUCUUCGUUCGCUCGUCUAGUCUCCCUCCAUGUCAUCUCCACAACUCCUCGUGUAUUGUGUUUGCCGGCUUUGGGACAAUACCCAAUUCGCCGCCAACAAAAUGAGGUAAUAUCUGUAAACAUGGGCAAAGGUUCUAUCUUCCUUAUGCCCAGAACCAUGUUUCUCUGAAGUUCCAAGCUUUCUAUCUCCUACUUCUCCUUUCUGCACUAGAUAAAUGAUAUCUGUUGUUGUUUGUUUGUACUCUGUAUUGAUCUCUUAGAAGGGUAGGAAGAAAAAAAAAAAAUCGAUAUUUUUUUUUAUUUUUUAUUUUUUUUGGGUGGAAAACUGCAAAGGGGGGUGGGGAUAAAUCUAAGUUCAUGGCAGGAUGUUCAAUCUUAGAAAAUAGGUCUGAUUCGAGUUGCAUAACAACUGAGGAUGGUUGUUCGAGUAAUGGUUGUUGCUCAGAUAUUGAUCAUGCUGUUAAGGUCAGAAUUGGUGAAUCUGAUGAUCUUGUGGUAAAGCAAAGAUCCCUUUUUUAUCUGUUUCUUUCUUGUUUCUUAAAGGAGUUUUCUAGUAGGGGUUCUGUUAGGCCUAUGCCGGCAAUGCUUGGUGAUGGUGGGUUGGCGGAUUUGUUUAAGCUUUUCGUGGUGGUGAGAGAGAAGGGCGGGUAUGAUUUUGUGUCGAAGAAUGGGUUAUGGGGUUUGGUGGUAAAAGAAUUAGGGUUGGAUCUUAAAGUUUCAGCUUCAUUGAAAUUGGUGUAUUUUAAGUAUUUGAAUGAGGUGGAGAAAUGGUUUAGAGGGGGAUUCAGAGACAGAGUAUCUCAGAAUGCUGCGCGUGAAUCUGAUGGGACUUUAGGGUUCUUGUCAUUGGAGCUAGAGAAGAAGUUUAGAGGUUUGCUUGCAAAUGGAAUGUACCAAGGGGUGACAGAUAAUGGAGUUACCCUAUUGAAGCAUGAGAAAAAUGGUAAGUGGAUUUCUAAAGACACUAGGGAGAAUGAAUUAAAUCCUUUCAUUAAUUGUAGACAAAGUAUGUGCAAUGGUAGUUUCCAAAUGUUUAGCGAUGAUGACAAAAAAGUAUGUAAGAACAAUCAUGUGAUUCCCAAUCCAGCUACUGCUAAGAAUGAAGGUGGUUUCCGUAAGAGAAAGAGACUUUAUUUAUCAGGAAUGCUGAACUGGGUGAUCCAGAUUGCAAAAAGUCCUCAUGAUCCUUCAGUUGGUGGCAUACCAGAGCCAUCCAAGUGGAAAGAGCACCAAGGCAGUGAGUUUUGGAUCCAAGUCAUCAGGGCAAGGGAGGCUUUAGUGCAGAAAAAGCAAAGUCAUUCAAUCACAGAACAAUCUCUCUUGCAGGAUAAACAAAAGAUGCAUCCAUCCAUGUAUGAUGAAGAAUUUCUUGGGCACCAUUCUUCUGAGCGGCUAAGAAUCGGUAAUAGGAUUCCUACUCCAACAAGAAAUUGCCCAUGCUCUUGUUGCAAUCCACGCCCAGCCUCUCAGAAAGUGGCAAGUCCAAAGAGGGAUCCCCACGUCAUCUUGCCAUCUUCAAAUUGGACUGCUGACCCAUUUGAGGAUGAUUUCAUUGAAAAACAUGUUAGCGUUGGUCCCUCCUUCCAAGCUGAAGUCCCUGAAUGGACUGGCAUGGUGUCUGAUAGUGAAACAAAAUGGUUAGGCACUUGUGUCUGGCCCUUAGAGUCUGGAGAACAUGAUCCCUUAGCUGGAAUGGAUUCCAUUGGUAGAGGAAGACCACAAUCAUGUGGCUGCCUAGUCCCUGGUUCUGUUGAAUGUUUUAGAUUUCACAUUGCUGAGAAGAGGAUGAAAUUGAAACUUGAACUGGGUUCUGUUUUCUAUCAUUGGAGAUUUGAUCGGAUGGGAGAGGAAGUGUCACUCUGUUGGACAAUUGAGGAAGAAAGGAGAUUUAAGCAUAUGGUCCGAACUGCCUCCCAAUCUUUAGAUGCAUGCUUCUGGGCUGAUGCAUCCAAGUACUUCUGUGGUAAGACAAGGGAAGACUUGGUGAGCUAUUACUUCAAUGUACUUAGUAUACAGCGUCGAAGUUAUCAAAACCGGGUUACUUCUAGAAACAUUGACAGUGACAAUGAUGAAGAAGAAUUUGGAUGCAUAAGUGACAGUUUUGGACUUGAUGCCUUAAAUGUUCCUGGCACUAAUAAGUUGAUGUGUUCUCAGAACAAUCAGUGCACGGAUUUGGCAUAAGGUGGAAGAAGAUAAGGAUUUGUCACUCUGAUUAGGAACUGGAACCCUUAUGGACUCUAAAGUAGACAAGUCUUUUGUAGUUCCUCUUGUACCAUACAGCAUCACUCAUGUCACGAAACUUCUCACAGGAUAGAAUAGUCACAUUCUCUCACGCUGCAAUUUUGGCACAAAGUGUGUAUAGUACUACUUUGCUUUGUAUAUAGAAUCAGCAGAGUAGAGACAUUUUUCUGUACCUCCAAUUUCAGGUUUCAUUAUUCUCAUAAAACCAGGCUAAGGUAUUUGCCUCAACCAUGGUUUUAAAGUUCAGUUCUUGAAUGGUCUACCCCCAUGAAGUUUAGGGCUUUACCCCUGCUGGAAAAUAGAAUGAAAGUAACCUUUUUUC